UCCAGUUCCAGUCCUCCCUCCUCCUCUUCUCUCUCCAUGUGUCUCUUUCCCUUGUGGUCUUUGGUCCUCCCACCGUCCCACCUCCCUCAGUCAUCCCUCCCUCCUCACAGGACCAGUCACUCUCUGCACUUGUCUCUUCAGUCAAGGAGAAACUAAUUGGAAGAAAGAAUAGAAGAAAGGAGCUGAUGGAAAACUAAACCCUCUAAACUUUACCAUUCUUCAUCAUGCCACAGAAAGAUUACAGAAGUCAGAUGAGCUGGGAGAGCGGAGUGGCUUCCAUGAUGCAGAACAAGAGCCAUUCAGUCUGCAGUGAAGGUCACAGUGGGGUGAACCAGCUUGGAGGUGUUUUUGUCAAUGGAAGACCUCUACCUGAUUCCACCAGGCAAAAGAUUGUGGAGCUGGCACACAGUGGAGCUCGACCCUGUGACAUUUCCAGAAUACUUCAGGUUUCUAACGGCUGCGUGAGCAAGAUUUUGGGUCGGUAUUAUGAGACAGGUUCGAUCCGACCACGUGCCAUCGGUGGCAGUAAACCCCGAGUGGCCACUCCAGAGGUGGUGGGAAAGAUCGCUCAGUAUAAGAGAGAGUGUCCAUCCAUCUUUGCCUGGGAGAUCAGAGACCGGCUGCUGGCAGAGGGAAUCUGCACCAACGACAACAUACCCAGUGUGUCAUCAAUAAAUCGUGUACUUAGGAACUUGGCCAGUGACAAGCAACAAUUCAGCACGAUAGGAGGUGAAGGAAUGUUUGACAAACUUAAGAUGCUCAACGUCCAGUCAACGUGGGGAGGGCGAUCAGCGUGGUACCCAGGGACCACACUGACAGCUCCAGAGCGUCCACAGACAGAAGGAGGAGAGAACGGUGACGACUCAGAAACACAGAUGAGAUUACAACUAAAGAGGAAACUACAGAGAAACAGAACAUCCUUUACACAAGAGCAGAUCGAAGCACUGGAGAAAGAAUUUGAAAGGACUCACUAUCCAGAUGUUUUCGCAAGAGAACGCCUUGCCAAUAAAAUUGACCUACCAGAGGCCAGAAUACAGGUUUGGUUUUCUAAUAGACGAGCAAAAUGGAGAAGAGAAGAAAAACUGAGAAAUCAGCGUCGUCAGGCGUCCAACUCUUCCAGCCAUAUUCCCAUCAGCAGCAGCUUCAGCAGCAAUGUUUACCAGCCUCUUCCACAGGCUGCAACACCAGGGUCGAUGCUGGGGAGGUCGGACUCAGUUCUGUCCAACAGCUACAGCCUUCCAACAAUGCCAAGCUUCAGUAUGGCCGCCAGCCUACCUAUGCAAGUAUCCAGUCAGUCCUCUUACUCCUGCAUGUUGCCCACCAGCACAACUGUAAAUGGAAGAAGUUAUGAGACCUAUACCCCCCCACACAUGCAACCACACAUUAACAGUCAGUCAAUGACAUCUUCUGCAACAUCAUCAACAGGGCUGAUAUCACCUGGUGUCUCGGUUCCAGUCCAAGUUCCAGGAAGUGAAGGAGACAUGUCACAGUACUGGCCACGCCUACAAUGAUCCUGACUCAUUUCUGUUGAUCAGCACAGUGCAUAUGGGGUCAUCAAACUGUGAACAAUGUAUACUUUACAGCUUGAAUGUCUAAAAACUUUAGACAGUGACAUACUCAUUACUGCUUGUAAGCAAAUUUAAACUAAAUUCUGGAGACAGAUGUGACAAAACAUUGUUUACAUUUUAUUAGACUACUUAAACGUCACCAUGAUAAAACACAGUAAUAGUGAUGUUCACACCCAUCUGGACUCAGAGGGAAACAUCACCAUUCAUAAUCAUACCAUAAUAAGUGAUUUUAAAGCAAAAUAGGCUGACUGAAAUGAAUUGAAGCUGAUAUGUGUUUGAUCAGAAAAAAAAGCCAAGCUUGAAAUGUGUACAGAUUUUCACAGUGUGGAUUGGUAAUAUGUGUUUGCUAUAGUAAAACAUUGACCUCGAUGUAAUCUGCAAGCUGUUGAGGCCUCUUAGACUCGACUAAACCCAUGGUUGGCAUGGAGUGGCUAAGAGCUUUAAAUCCCAAAGUUUUUCACCUAUUGAAAUUUAACUGAAGUCAUUAAAGCACUCAGCUAGCUUAUGAGGUAAACAUAAAAUUGUGUCUUAAACUUUAGUCUGUUUCUUAUUAAUACAUGUGUAAAGUAUUUGUUUUCUUCAGUGGCCUGAGAGAAAUUUCCAAAAUAAAGUUAUUUCUAUUAUAAA